UAAAGAUGGCGACUUGAAAUUGCAUGGAAACAAAUGCCAACUUGUCCGACGACAACGACUAUUUAAGCUAUUUGAUUAAUUACCGUAAAUUUCCCCCACUUAGAAUUUGUUACCAAUUUGUAAGAAUAUACUUGAUUGCCAUAGAGAUUAGUAUAGGAGGACAGAACUUCAAUAAAUUUUGUUACCAUGGAGACAGCUUCUUGUGUUAAGCAUGUCAUAAUGGCUGCCAACCAAUAUAAAAACAGUAAAACAGAUGGUAAUUUGGUAUAUCUACAGAGGCAGUUAGAGAUUCUGGUUGGUAGUUUAUCAUCAAGAACCUCGACAUUGAAAUUUUUUAACCUGAGGAAUUUAUUGCCUGUAGAAUGUUUAAAUGCUGUCAUGGAUAUUCUUAGAGAAUCAAGAGAUAUAAAGCCAGGUCUACUCUCCAAAUGUAUCACUCUGUUUCAACAUCUAGCUCAAGACAGUGAAAUAAGAGAUGCCUUCCAUGAUUCCUUUCACCUUACACAGUGUUUAGCUACCGUCAUAAAAACACAUGCUGGAGUACCAGGGGACCAUCUCACAGUGGAGAUAUUGAAUGUUUUACAGAGGAUAACGUAUGGACACAAGAUAAUUUUCCAGGACAGUUAUGUUGAAGAUUUGUUACAUUUUGUUUUGAAAAAUAUAACAAACCCAGUUACAGAAUUUACUUUACCCUGCCUAGGAUUACUGGUCAAUCUUUGUAAAGAUAACUUUGCCACACAGUCUUAUAUUAAAAACAUGGAUGGAUCAAGGAAUUUGUACAAGACCUUGAUGUCAUAUUUAGAUGACCAGAACUUAACAAUGAUGAUAUUUACAUUGUCGUGUAUAUCAUAUUUGUGUUUACACCAGGACAUAGGACAAAAUCUGUUUAAUCCAAAAAAUGUAAAGUGGACAUUUCAAUUGAUGUUUAAUAUUGUAUUAAAUGGAGACACAGGGACUACUAGACAGUAUGCUGUUGAUCUGUUUGCAGAUUUACUCAAAAAUCAAAAUAUUCAGCAGUCUCUUGUAGAAUUUGAGAAGUUGAGUUCUAGUAUAGAAAAAGUUCUAAAUUUGGUAGCUACCAGUACUGCAGAGUCAGUUGUAAAGAUAUUUGAACUUCUCCUGUCCCUGUCUGCUGUAGAAGGCAUACGACCAAUAAUUUGUCGUUGUAUUUUAUCGACAUGUUCUGUACAACAAAGAGAUCACUAUGCUGAAUUGGCACAGACACCUGUCACUCAGAUCAAAGAACCACUGUUUGCUGUUGUUCACUGGGCAUCACAACCAGCCGAGUCACAUGAUCAGGCAUCAUUAUAUGCUAUCGACUUUUUAUCUGAAUUUUAUGAGGAAAUGAUUUACUCCAACACAAGGAUCCAGUACUCUGCUCAUGCAGACCUUAUUUUACCGUUGACCUUACAAGCUCUUAGUACAAAGAUCGAAGGAGAGAGUCAUAUAAUGAAGAGAAUCAGUAGAAAAAUAAUAAAAGCUUUACAACUGUGUAUUGUGUUGACAGGAGAAGAGGACAUUAAGAGAAAAUUGGUUGGUAUGGUGGAUAUGCAGAUGUUUUCUAAGUUACUGGAAUUUCAGUUCUCUAACAAUAAAGUGGCUCUAAAUUCAAGCAAAUUUACUCUGGUUACUGAUGAUUUAAGUGACAUUGGUGUACAAAUUGUGAUGUAUGGUUUGGAUUUGAUGGCAAAAUUAGCAAAAAAUUUACCGGAAGUUGAUGCUUUGUUUUCCUCAAGUUUACAAGACAGUAGAAUUGUGCCUUUCCUGUCAGCUGGUCUGACAAGUGACAACCGGACAGUAGUACAAGUGACGUUACAGAUCAUUUGUUUUGCUUCAAUUUUGGAUGCAUUUCCUACAGUUUUACUUGGUGAUGCUUUGGCUGCUAGUAAUUGUAAGCGGAAGGAAGAAUUAAUGAAAAGGGAGACAAUUCACCAACAUGUUCAAUAUCAUAUGCCAGUUUUACAGAGUUAUGAAAACAAGGAAAACAUAACCAAUGAUGCCAGUAGGAUUUCUGUUCAGGAUGCUACAAGACUGUCAGACCAGGAGGCUUCAGUUCAAUCUCUUAUUGACAAAAUGCAGUCUGGCUUUGAGUUGAAGGGUGCUAAUUCCUCUGAGAUAAUAGACCUGUAUGAACACAAGAUACAGUCUCUGCAGACAAAAGAAGAACAACUUCAAGACUUGCUGGAAGCCAAGAGUCUAGCUCUCACACAGGCUGAUCGAUUGAUAGCUCAGCAUAGGUCCAGGAAAGCUGCUUAUGAGGCUGAGGCAGCUAAAAUGAGACGAUUACUUCACUCAUCUGAGAUCAACAGUGAGAAAUGUAAAGAGGAAAUAAAUGAGUUAAAAUUAAAGAAGGAACAUCUACAAAACACACUGGAGAGCGUGAUGGAGGAAAAAUCUCAGUUAGAACAAGUAGCAGAAGAACACCAACAGUUAACAGCAGCUUAUACAGAACUGUCAGAAAAAUAUACAUCUGUAGACAAGUCACUGUUGUCAUUAAAACAAGAACACAAGACAUUAUCAGAGAUGCAUGAAGUAUUGCGGAAACAUGAUGAAAAUCUCAAAGAGCAAUGUGAUAGUGCAGCAGAACAACUGAGUAAGCUGGAGACAGAAAGGAAAACUUUAAAUAAAACUCUGAAGGAGAAAGAAUCAAAACUAUCAGAACUGAUGAAGACACACACAAAAUUACAAAAGGAUCAUAAGACGUCUGAGAGUGAGAGAGAGCAAUUAGAGGAAGCUGUUGAUAAAUACAGAGCAAAUAUGGCUCAGUUAGAGCAGACAAAGAAAGAAUUUCAACAUCAGGUCUCAUCACUAGAACUUCUCUGUAGACAACAUGAAACAGAUAUUGACAACAAAGAUAAAGAACUUGUAACAUUAAAGGGAGAAGUGGACAAACACAGACAGAUUGCUGCGUUAAUUAAUAGUCUUAGUAGUGGAAAGUCUGAAAAUGUAGCACGGCCAUAGACAUUAAACAAAAGAUGGUCGUAAAAAGUAGCUUAACCAUAGACAUUAAACACAAAAUAGACUUAAAACACAGCAUGGCCAUAGACAUUAAACAAAAGAUGGUCGUAAAAAGUAGCUUAACCAUAAACAUUAAACACAAAAUAGACUUAAAACGCAGCAUGGCCAUAGACAUUAAACACUAGAUAGAUCUAAGAUAUAGCACAGAUGGAUAUAAAUACAGUGCUGCCUAAAUCAGUUCAUCAAUGAAGCCAGAUUGCUGCAUUAAUCCAUGGCUUUACUCAUUCAUUAUUUCACUGAGAAAGAAAAACAUUUUAAUCCAUGAAAUUUAUUUUGGCAAUGACUAUUAGAGGUGCUAGAUAAUAUUAAGACAUUACAAGAUAAAACACAUUCUUUUUUUGUCAAGCCUGCGAAAUAUAUUUCGCGAAAGGGAGACAUAGCGAUCCUAGAUUCCGUCGGCGGCGAUGUCAACAUUUAGGUUCAGUCUGUGGUUCAAGUUUUUUUAGACAUCAAUAAUUUUGUCAAACCUUCAUGGAAUUUUAUGAAAUUUGGACAGAAGCUUGUUAAUGACCAAAAGACAGUAUUCAGAGCAAAUUUUUGAAAAUUUUUAUUUUCAUUUUUCUGUAUUUUACUGUCUGGGGUUAAAGUUUGUUAGACAUCAAUUACUUUGUCAAAACUUCAUAGAGUAUUAUGAAAUUUUGGCAGAAGCUAUUUAAUGAUUAAGAGAUAAUGUCUGAAGCAAACCUUUUCAUUUUUAUUAUUUUUCUGAUAGAUGGACCUUGUUUUUUUACAGUUGGAUUAUAUUUUUUGAAAUGAUAAAUUUGUAAACCUUCAUGGAUUGUUAUGAAACUUUGACAGAAGCUAAUCUCCAAGACCGAGAAAUAUCAUCUACGAAAAAGUUUGAGUUUUUUUUAAAUUGUAUAUUUUACUGAUAAAUGGACUCACUUUUUAAGUCAAGAUUACACCUUUACACUGACAUCAGCAAUAGCAGGCAAGACACAUGGUUACACAGAACCCCUUACAAUUUUUUGUGAGCGAAUUCGUCCAGUAAACACAUAUACAAAACUCAAAAAAAUAAAUAGGUUUGAUCUUUAUAUUUGAUCAUUUGUUUUAUUAAUUUACCUUUGGGGAUCCCCAGUACAAUACAUUUCAUAGUUUAAUAUAUCUUAUUAACAAUGAGUGGAAUUUCAUUUUCAAGCCGCCAUGUUAUAUUGGUUAUGAAAGUGGUAUAAGGCCAGUUAAUAUGUGAUAAGAACUAUUUAUAAGGACAGUUACAAUAAAGCUAAUGUGAUAUGUAUAUUGAUUUUUAAUGACAAGACUUCAUGUGUUUUGUAUUUUAUAGUGUAACAUAUAUCUCACUGAUUAUAUAAUUGUUGCACCUCAUAUAACUUGAGUUUCUGUCUUGUAUUUUUAUGAUGAUUUUCUUGUUGCCUUAGUUACAAUGUUGUUUCUGCCUCAAUUAAACUUUUUCAACAUUUUUCAAUUGUUUCUUAAAUAUAUGUUAAUAUGAUUAAUAUGAAAAUGUUUUCUUUUAUACUUAAGUAUUAGUCAAUGUAUCUCUAUGAAAUUGUACCACAAGGUUCCAUACCACACACACAGAAGGUUGGGGUCGAUUUUGUGGGUUGUGGCUUUAAUCGUUAAGAAACUAGAAGCCAAAUAGGGGCAAAAAACAAGACUUUUCUAAUACUGGCUAAGCUGGUUCUAACAUAAAUUAUUUCUGAUCUAUAUAAAGAAACAACAAAUACUGAUAUGGCAGGAGAUACACACCAAGCAGGGUGUGUAAAUUAUUAUAUUUAGCUUGUAAACAGAUUCACUAAGUAUUGCGCAACAGCUAAGUAUUGCACAACAGCAAGAAAUCUUCAAUUGAAAAUAAAUACACAAAUUUUUUAACCAAUUUCAAUGAGAAUUAAUUUAAAGUCUUGAAUUGUUUGAGGUUUUUACCAUGUAUUACUAUAUUGGAUAUUUGGACAUUUUUAAAUAGGUCUACAUUGAGGUCCAAAAGGGUUCAGAAUUAGAAUUUGUUCGAUUUCAUCAAAAACUGAAUUUUUGUGGUUCUAUGAUAUGCUGAAUCUAACUGUGCAUUCAGAUUUUUAAUUUUGGGCCCUGUUUUCAAAUAAGUCCAUAUUAAGGUCCAAAGGGUCCAAAAUUAAACUUUGUUUGAAUUCAUGUUUUUUUUUUAUAUGCUGAAUCUAACCAUGGAAUUAGAUUUUGGAUAUUGGACCAUUAAGUAGAUUAAAUAUCCCAUUUCAAAUUUUUAAGUUAUCUGACCACAUUUAUUCUGUGUCAGAAAUCAAUAAUGUGUCAAAUAUUUAAUCACUAUCCAAAUUCAGAGCUGUAUCAAGCUUGAAUAUUGUGUCCAUACUUGCCCCAACUGUUCAGUCGUAUCCAGCUGCUCAGGCGGAGCGCAUUUUUAACUUUUCAUUUAAAUUACAGAAUCAUUAAGAACAGUUAUUAUAAGUGAAAGUAUUGAUUAGUGUGUUUAGUUGUUAAUUAUUGAUGGAAACAGUAUUUUAAAUUGACAGCUAUGUUUCCUGUGUGAUCGUGCAUUAAGCAUUUUGUAUUCAGGGAAUUUGUAAAAUUAUUUAUUGAUUCUGUACAUGUCAUAUUAUUUAUCUCUUGUAACUUUAUCAGACAUGCAUUUAUUUUCAUGAAAUAUUUUGCAUUUUCAUAUAAAAUCGAAAUAAAUAGUUUUAGAUUUA